GGUGAGAGCGAAGAGACGACGGAGCUGUCAAACAGCAACAAUCGCCUGAAAUAUUAUCCCAGGCGGUACAACAAACAUCGUACUUUGCUCUUUUGUGGUAACCAGCACGACAGAAGCAGACUUGGAGUUCCCUUUGAGCCUGUAGCCUUUGGAAAUAUGGACUUUUAAACCGUCUGCGACCAAAAAAACUUCCUGUGUUGUGUGUGUUGGUGGGUCUCAGGCUAAUGUUUGUUAGCUCUUCGCUUAGCCCGAGUUUUGUUGACAAACUAUCCAGCUAGUCUCAGAGCAGCUGCGUUACCAACUUUGCUGUUUCGGGGGUUUCGCUUGUCGAUUUCGAUAAAUGCUACCCGGGGAAGGCAUGGCUCCCAGCUUAAAAUGUUCUUGUCAACAUCUCUUUGAAAUAAUAUCAGGUCUUCAACGGCUCACCAUACAUCUGUCAAACAUGUGAAAACCCUCUCAUCCUGGUGGAGUCCCCAGUUCCAACAUCUUGGAUCUAGCCAGUGUGUGUCAUCAGGGGUGCCCUGAACAAAACUUUAAACUGAAGUCUAUGUGUGUGACCGAUUUUUUCCCAGGACACAAACUGAGUAAAUUCCGCGCCGCCGUGGAACCCUCGGCGUUAUUAAAACCAUCUAGUCCUCUUGUCAUGUGGGUACAUUACAGAAAAAGGCCCAUAUUACCCUCACUGGUAUCACCAUCUUUCACAUCACCAUGGACCGGAAUAAACGCAACUCCAUUGCUGGGUUCCCUACACGACCCGAACGAAUCAACGAGGACAAAGAUGGUAACGGAGGGGUAGGGGUCUGCGAGAUGGGCAUGGGUCCACCUUCACAGGUGGGCAGGGUGUGGCCAUCAUCCUACAGAGCCCUGAUCAGUGCCUUCUCCUGUCUUACACGCCUCGAUGACUUCACCUGUGAGUGGAUUGGUUCUGGAUACUUCUCUGAAGUCUUCAAGGUACGCCAUCGAGCUUCAGAUCAAGUUAUGGCUCUGAAGAUGAACAAGCUCAGCAGCAACAGAGCCAACAUGUUGAGAGAGGUCCAACUAAUGAACCGGCUUUGCCAUCAACACAUACUCAGGUUGAUCCUGUUGUGUCGUGUCAGGACCGAGCUGAAUGCUCUGACCCUGUACAUCAAUGGUGGAAACCUGGAGCAGCUGCUGGAAAGCAACAAACACCUGAGUUGGCCCACAAGGGUGAAACUGGCCUGUGAGAUCGCCAGUGGUCUGGCUUACUUGCACUCCAAAGGCAUAUUCCACCGGGACCUCACCUCCAAGAACUGCCUCAUCAAAUGUGAUGACAACAGCUACACAGCAGUGGUGGGAGACUUUGGCUUGGCAGAGAAGAUCCCCACCAAUCUUGCUGAAGUGGAGAAACUGUCCGUGGUUGGUUCUCCUUUCUGGAUGGCUCCUGAGAUGCUGAGAGGUGAACGCUAUAAUGAGAAGGUCGAUGUAUUCUCCUACGGUAUAAUCCUGUGUGAGAUCAUUGCAAGGGUCCAGGCCGACCCUGACAUCCUCCCCCGCACCGAGAACUUCGGCCUGGACUAUCACACGUUCCAGCACAUGGUCGGAGACUGUCCGCCUGACUUCCUCCAGCUGGCCUUCAAUUGCUGCAAUAUGGACCCUAAACUCCGUUCAUCCUUCCCAGACAUCGUCAGGCACCUCGAGGAGAUUCUCGCGCGCCUUAAAGUUGAGGAGAUGGAGCACGAGUGCGUCCCUCUCAGCGGGGACAACGACAAGAAGACCAUAACCAAAGGUGAGAAGAACCAGGGCUUUAAGCGACUGAACCCUCUCAGUUUCCAGGACGAUAAAAUCCCUCCAAAAUCACCCCGCCCCCGACGGAACAUCUGGCUCAGCCGCAGCCAAUCAGACAUCUUCUCCUGCAAACCAGGAAGAAAAGUCAACGUCCAGGACCCUUACUACAACCCCACUAUUUCUCAGCGAGCCUCUAAAGCUCACAAGGUCAACCCGUUCACCGCCCGAGAGGACCUGUGUGGGGGCAAGAUCAAGUUUUACGAUGUGCCCAGUAAAUCCGUCUUCUCGCUGGUGUUUGACCUCCACUCACCUCCGGGGAGUGUGUUCAGUAACCAGCCGUCUGCUAACGGACCUGGAGGACCCCAACAGGAGACGGCUUACUACUGGCAGCAGCUGCCUGGAAGACAGUGUCACUCCUUACCCGUGUCCCCCCAGCUGCCCCGCUUCGAGGUCUUCCACCUCGCUGCUGCUGUUAGCUCCAACAACAACGGUUCUGUUACCUGUAACUCCAGCCAGCUCUCCACAACCCUUCCAGCUGCCAACUCCAGGUCUGACGCAGGCAGCUGGGCGAAGAAAUACGUUGUGGUUGAGAUCCCACCUUACUGCAGGCAGAGAGGAGGGGACGAGGACGGAGAGGCAGAGGGGAGGAAGGAGGGAAACGAGGACGAUGUGUUUGGGAAGAGCUGGUCUCCGAUGGUCCCCAGCAGUGACAGAAACAGUGGAGAGGAGAUGGACUGCUCCAGCAGCCUCGAGGAGGAGGAGGAACGAGAGAGAGGGACAGACUCCUGCCCUAUGUAACACACACACACACACACACACACACACACACGCACACACGCACACACACACACACUCACACAGAGGAAGUGGUGGAUUGGGACAAAAGAAGGGGACUUUUACUCAUCACUGGAGGACAUGGAGACAGUGGACCGAUGGAUUGGAGACAUUUCAAAGCUUUUGGACAAAUAAAACACAAAAAACAAAAUAAAAAGCACUUGACUUUUUAUCUUUCAAGUGAAUGUAUCACAUGUUGAUUAAUAACUCAAGCACACCUGAUGUAGAUAAAUAAGUAUUUUUCAAAGAUGUUAUCACCCGGGUGUGACAGGACAAGUCUCCAUUUAGCAGGAAAACAAGGUUUUAUCAGCACAAUGGACACUUGGCAUAGAGAUUAUUUUUUUGAAAAGGUUGUUUAUAUUUAAUAUUGUGAGAUGUGUAGAUUUUUUUCCCUAUAUUAGAUGUCUUGUCUGUGACGAGGGGUGAAGAAGAUCCCUUGUGUUGUGUGUGUGUGACUAUUUUUAAAUCAAUGUGCUUUGAUACUUUCCCUGUGUUCUUUUUUUAGACAAAUGUUUAUACUAAAAUCCCAUAUUUUUCUGAUUACUGCGCUGAUAUUACGACGAGUAAAGUUAAAGGUGAUUUCUAAUAAUAACUGAGUGCCUGAAAAACUACACUCAUCAGACUGAUGUUUAAUGUCAAACCAUCCUAGCAACCCUGAACUGGACUGCAGUGGUAAAUUA